AGUUGUGCUGAUGAAGUGGUAGAGCUGGUUCCUGCUCGCCGCCGUGCCGCGCGCGCCGGCCGGCCGCUGGGCGCUCCGCGCUCCCAGCCCCGAGUUGUGCAAUCCUUUGUAGCACGCCAGAGAGUCCUCCUCCUUCGCUGUUGCCUCUCGCCCUCUCUCUCUCUUUUUUUCAAGCUGUGAGCUCAACCGAUGAGUCAGAGCAGUGCAAUCCUGACACUGCAUCGCAGGACUGGGGGUGACACGGAGGGAGGGAGAGCAAUCGCGAGGCGGACACUACGGGCGCGGGCUGCGUCGAGGCUCCUGAGCCACGAGCGAGGGGUGACAGCCCGCGCGUCCCGCCCGGGCCCUGCCAGCAAACUUCCCAGCCUUUGGAGGCGCGGGCUGGCGGAAGCCCUGCGAGCGCCGCGGGGAGGCGGCGGCGCCUGUUUGUUUUCAAAAUCGGGAGUGCGUGCAGGCGGCAGUAGCCUGGGAGGCGACCCGAAGGCGGCGGCCUGCGGCGGAAAGAGGACAGCCGAUGCUGGAGCUCGAGCAGGAGCAGGGCUGCAGGGCCCCGUGGAGCAUCAUGAACUGGGAAGAGUAGAGGAGCCCAAGAGCCUCUCUUUGAUGAGCAAGGAAGAGCCAGCUGUUCUUUCUCCCUGUGUCUGACCACACCAUCCAGCAUUUCCGCUGCCCCCACUGGCUACUGGACUAGGGCCAGACUUCCAGCACGACUGUCCCCCAGGGGAUGGGCAACUGGUGAAGUAGGUCUCACUGUUGGGGCCCCGUUGGCCACACCAUGAACCUCCAGGCCCAGCCCAAGGCUCAGAACAAGCGGAAGCGUUGCCUCUUUGGGGACCAGGAACCAGCUCCCAAGGAGCAGCCCCAACCCCUGCAAGCCCCACAGCAGCCCCAGGCCCCUCCACAGUCCACCAGAGUGAAGGAGGAGCCUUACUUUGGGCACGAGGGUCCGGCAGGGGCUACCCCUGCCUCCCAGCCAGUGGAACACCCCCCUCCCAACAGCCUGGCCCUGCUGAACUCUGUGGUGUAUGGGUCUGAGCGAACCAUGUUGUCCCAGCAGGUGGGCUCAGUCAAGUGGCCCAACUCUGUUAUGGCUCCAGGGCGGGGCCCGGAGCGUGGAGGGGGUGGGGGGGUCAGUGACAGCGGCUGGCAGCAGCAGCCUGGCCAGCCUCCACCCCACUCAACGUGGAACCGCCACAGCUUGCCCCUCUACAGUGGACCCAAGGGGAGCCCUCAUCCUGGCAUGGGGGUCUCCACCUACUAUAACCACCCUGAGGCACUGAAGAGGGAGAAAGGAGGGGGGCCACAGCUGGACCGCUAUGGAAACGCAGUGCGGCCAGUGAUGCCACAGAAGGUGCAGCUGGAGGUAGGGCGGCCCCAGGCACCCCUGAACUCUUUCCACGUGGCCAAGAAGGCCCCCAACCAGACGCUGCCCCUGCAGCCCUUCCAGCUGGCCUUCGGCCACCAGGUGAACCGGCAGGUCUUCCGGCAGGGCCCGCCACCCCCCAACCCUGUUGCUGCCUUCCCGCCGCAGAAGCAGCAGCAGCAGCAGCAGCAGCAGCAGCAGCAGCAGCAGGCAACCCUGCCCCAGAUGCAGCUCUUUGAGAACUUCUACCCCAUGCAGCAGCCACCCUCUCAGCAGCCCCAGGACUUUGGCCUGCAGCCGGCCGGGCCACUGGGGCAGCCCCACUUGGCUCACCACAGCAUGGCACCCUACCCCUUCCCGCCCAACCCUGACCUGAACCCAGAACUGCGAAAGGCCCUCCUGCAGGAGUCGGCCCCGCAGCCUGUGCUACCUCAGGCCCAGAUCCCCUUCCCCCGCCGCUCCCGCCGCCUCUCUAAGGAGGGUGUCCUGCCUUCCACCGCCCUGGCUGGGGCUGGCACCCAGCCUGGGCAGGAUCCUGCCAGCAACCUGUUCCUGCAUCACUGGCCCUCGCAGCAGCCACCACCUGGCCCCCUGGGGCAGCCUCAUCCUGAAGCUCUGGGAUUCCCGCUGGAGCUAAGGGAGUCGCAGUUGCUGUCUGACGGGGAGAGACUGGCACCCAACGGUCGCGAGCGGGAGGCUCCUGCCAUGGGCAACGAGGAGGGCAUGCAGGCAGUGGGCACGGGGGACUGUGGGCAGGUGCUACGGGGUGGGGUGAUCCAGAGCACGAGACGGAGGCGCCGGGCGUCCCAGGAGGCCAACCUGCUGACCCUGGCUCAGAAGGCCGUGGAGCUGGCCUCACUGCAGAACACAAAGGAUGCCAAUGGCUCUGAAGAGAAGCGGAAAAGUGUACUGGCUUCAACUACCAAGUGUGGGGUGGAGUUUUCUGAGCCCUCCUUAGCUGCCAAGCGAGCACGGGAGGACAGCGGGAUGGUGCCCCUCAUCAUCCCAGUGUCUGUGCCUGUGCGGGCUGUGGACCCAACCGAGGCGGCCCAAGCUGGAGGUGUUGAUGAGGAUGGAAAGGGUCCUGAACAGAACCCCACUGAACACAAGCCGUCAGUCAUCGUCACCCGCAGGCGGUCCAUCCGUAUCCCCGGUACUGAUGCCCCAGCUCAGGCUGAGGACAUAAAUAUCAAGUUGGAGGGGGAAACUUCAGUGCGGAAACCAAAGCAGCGGCCGAGGCCUGAGCCCCUGAUCAUCCCCACCAAGGCGGGCACUUUCAUCGCCCCUCCCGUCUACUCCAACAUCACCCCAUACCAGAGCCACCUGCGCUCCCCUGUCCGCCUCGCCGACCACCCCUCUGAGCGGAGUUUUGAACUGCCCCCCUACACACCACCUCCCAUCCUCAGCCCCGUGCGGGAAGGCUCCGGACUCUAUUUCAAUGCCAUCAUGUCGACCAGCAGCAUCCCAGCCCCUCCUCCCAUCACACCAAAGAGUGCCCAUCGCACCCUACUCCGGUCUAAUAGUGCUGAAGUCACACCGCCUGUCCUCUCUGUGAUGGGGGAGGCCACCCCUGUGAGCAUUGAGCCACGGAUCAAUGUGGGCUCCCGGUUCCAAGCGGAAAUCCCCUCAAUGAGGGACCGUGCCCUGGCAGCUACAGACCCCCACAAGGCAGACUUGGUGUGGCAGCCGUGGGAGAACCUAGAGAGCAGCCGGGAGAAGCAGAGGCAAGUGGAGGACCUGCUGACAGCUGCCUGCUCCAGCAUUUUCCCUGGAGCCGGCACCAACCAGGAGCUGGCCUUACACUGUCUGCACGAGUCCAGGGGAGACAUCCUGGAAACGCUGAAUAAGCUGCUACUGAAGAAGCCCCUGCGGCCCCACAACCACCCGCUGGCAACUUAUCACUACACAGGCUCCGACCAGUGGAAGAUGGCCGAGAGGAAGCUGUUCAACAAGGGCAUUGCCAUCUACAAGAAGGAUUUCUUCUUGGUGCAGAAGCUGAUCCAGACCAAGACUGUGGCCCAGUGUGUGGAGUUUUACUAUACCUACAAGAAGCAGGUGAAGAUUGGACGGAAUGGGACGCUAACCUUCGGGGAUGUGGAUACAAGUGAUGAAAAGUCAGCCCAGGAAGAGGUUGAAGUGGAUAUUAAGACUUCUCAGAAGUUCCCAAGGGUGCCUCCUCCAAGAAGAGCGUCCCCAAAUGAAGAGAGGCUGGAGCCUAAGAGGGAAGUAAAGGAGACCAGGAAGGAAGGGGGGGAGGAGGAGAUGCCAGAGACCCAGGAGAAGGGGGAGCAGGAAGAGGGGCGAGAGCGAAGCCGGCGGGCAGCAGCCGUCAAAGCCACACAGACACUACAGGCCAAUGAGUCGGCCAAUGACAUCCUCAUCCUCCGAAGCCACGAGUCCAAUGCCCCUGGGUCUGCCAGUGGCCAAGCCUCAGAGAAGCCAAGGGAGGGGCCAGGGAAGUCACGAAGGGCACUACCGUUUUCGGAGAAGAAGAAAAAAGCAGAGACAUUUAGCAAGACCCAGAACCAGGAGAACACGUUCCCUUGUAAAAAAUGUGGCAGGGUGUUUUACAAGGUGAAGAGUCGCAGCGCCCACAUGAAGAGCCACGCAGAGCAGGAGAAGAAGGCGGCCGCUCUGAGGCAGAAGGAGAAAGAGGCCGCGGCCGCCGCCGCCACUGCGGCCGCUGCCUCCUCCCACCAGCCGGCCCUUAGGGAGGAGAGCGGCGCCGGCGAGAGGGGCUGACACCGCGGGCUCCGGGUCCUACCCAAGCCUGCCGACGUCCUGCCAGCACCCGGAAUCUCCGGAGGGAGAGAUCACGUGGACUUGUCUCCGCAAAACGAAUAGGACGAUUAAAUAAACGGCUCUUUUAUUUAUAAAGGUCCCAGGAGCAGUGUAAAGGGCUGCAAGAUCCAGUUCUCUUGCCUUUGGUCUGUCGGAAGUUGUCUUUGUCUUUUCCUGGAACUGGGAGAGGCCCUGCUCCCUGGGGCCGCCCACCGGGAGGGGCUCCAGUGCUGCCACCGCUUGCUCUCUCUCUCAUGGACGUCUGCUACCGUGCUCCCUCUUUGCUCCUGCUGCUCCCUUCUCACCAAGGAAAGCCAAGCACUAGCGCGCCCCUUUGCAGCAUUAAUCCUCCUCUCCAGGGGACCUGAACGGGCCCUGCCCCAAGCCCCCGAAAGAGGGACUCACUGGGAGGAAGGGUGGUGGCCAGCUUUGAGAGGGAGCUCAGCGUAGCACCUGUGCUGUCUCCUGCAGGACAGUGUUCAGGUCAUGCUGCUCUAGUGACUAGAUCUUCAGAGAGGCCCCCUCCUCCCUAGGAGGGAGGCUAUCAGAGCGUGCAGGGAGAGAGACCAGGACUGCUACCUAUCCCUUUGCUGCUUGCUAGCAGCCUGCUGGGGCUGGAAAGUGUUUUCAGAUGUUUGGGGAAGGGGCCACUGUUCCUGUCCAAGCUCUCAGCCCGCUGGAGGGAAGGGAACUGUACAGAGGAUGGAAGCUGCAGUUUUGCUUCAGGGUUAGGCCUAGGGAGCUUUUAAUAAGUCUUGGCUCUCCCAGCUUGCCACCUUUUUGCCAGAUACCUUUGGGCCUUGGAGGCUGCUAAGGAAGCUUAACCUAGGCCCAGCCUGCUCCUCCUUGGUGCAGGUUCCCCGCCUGCUUCUGUUCUGCCCUUGGCAGCUGCCACCUAACCCCACCCAACCUGGUCUAGAGCUGAUAGAGCCCAGACCCCAGUCCUGCAUGCUGGAGAUUUCUGGAUCCUUCCCUGGGAGGGGGGAGGUCUCCUAGCCAGAUUGGACAGGAGCCUUCAUUCCUUGACUUGUGUCAUUUGGGAGCUAUUUAUUUAUUGUUAAUAUUUAAUUUUUAACAUCCUCUCAGGGACCAGGGGCUUCCUGCUUUCCAGAGGCCCAAGUGCAUUUAUCCCAAAACAAGGCACUUUCUUAGCAUCCGCCCCUCCCCCCCCAUUCCCAAGAUCCUAAGAACCCUCGCCUUGUUGCUCUGAAGUUUUCCCAAUAGGAAUGAUAGUAGCACUGAAAGAGGGUGGAAAGGUGGAAGGUGUCACAGAGCCACACAGAGACUAGCAGUAUCAAGGGAGAUCAAAGGCAGUUCUUGUUGCUACCUCUUUUCUGGCUGUACUUUCAAGUUGCCUGAGGGGACUGGCUGGAAGCCAGCAUUCUGGUUUUGCUUCUGGUUUUGCUUCUGGCUUGAAGAAGCCAUAUUUGGUGUGAAGUCACUGAAGUGAAAGAGCUGGAAGGUUCUGGAGGCCCCUUCACUUGCCAGUCCCAUAGGAGGGCUGAGUUGAUUUUCUGAUCUUGUUAUUCAACUUUAGUUGUGUAAAAGAAGUUCUAAAUGAAUGCAAGUAUAUGAUAGGUUAACAUGUUAGGAAGAGCCAAAAAGUAUUCAUUCUGCUACUCUGAUGAGAUAGCCUAAAGGCAUCAUGUUGGUAACUGGGAGUGGGGAGGGAGUUUUGUUUCUUAACUAUGCACUAUCUGGUAUUUUUUUAGCAUUCAUUUAUGCAUUAUGGUUAUACAGGAACUCAGCUAUGGGAGUAACAAAAUUCUCCCUGCCGCCCCCACCAACUCCUGACGGCUACCUAAGACCUCCAACUUCCCAGUUUCUUCCAUAGGCUUCUAUAUGGAAGCUCAGUAUCCCAAGAUAGCAAAAAUUUGGUAUACUGUCCCCAAACAGGAGGGUAGCAAAUUUAGGCUCUCUUCUAAAUCACAUGUGUAAUAUGAGUGCCUUCACAGCUUCUCCCCAAAGUGCUACUUAUGUUUCCCAAGGUUUUUUCUAUUUAAACCUAUUUAGUUUUAGGCCUCUUUUUUGGAUAUGUGGUAACAGAAACCUCCUUCAUCUAAAGUGAUUCUCCUCUAAGCUCACGGAGACCAGACCAGGUGAAUGUAGGUGAGAAAAUCAAGAUGGUAACUCUCUGUAUUAACCCCACCAGACACCGUAUUUUAGAAGACUUUAUGCUCCAGGAUGGAUUUAUAUCUAGAAUGCAGUGUGAAAGGUAAAAUGUUUAGAGGGCAGAUGCAAUUGUGGCAAGUGACCUGCCAGUAAAGUAGGUGUAGCCACAGAGGCUGGCAUAGGUCUAUCCUUUAUGGUGCUUUCUCCCUGUGGACACAUUAGGCUAAUAUUUUGUCUUUUCUUUUUUCUUCUAUUCAGAGCUCUUUGCUUUAAGAAGUUAAAUGACAAACACCUUCAGCUUUAUAAUCUCCUACCCACACCAUCUCACAUAGCUCACAUAUCCAUCUCUCAGCCUCCAUCUACACUCAGCUAAGGGCAUGAAACUGACCUAGUGCCUGUGUUCUAGACCAUUUCUGAGGUCUCUUACCUACCCAAGGAGACAGUGCUUCAGCACUGUCCUCCAUGCCUUCAGCAGCCCCCUCAUCGCUAAUGUACACACCCAUCCCUUCUGCCACCCCACUUCCACCCCUGGCACAGAGGUCAUGUGCUGCUUAUGUCUAAAGGGAUUCCCUAUAUUUAACUGCCUCAGUGACCUAAUCUGUUCUCAUGUGCCAGAUGUUAAGAUGAAGGAGGAAUACAACAUGGACUCAAGCCUCAGCCAUUUAAAUAUGUUUUCACUGGGGCUCACUUUUCUCGGAUGGUAUUUAUUACCAGAUUGGCAAACCUAAGUCCUUAGGUAUACAGGAAGUAUGCAUAUUUUUAUAAAACAAUUGUAUGUCCUCCUUAUAUUUUGCUGUGUUAAUAUUUGCCUCUAACAAUUUGCAGCUGUGUCACCUUUUCCUCAUUUGUCUCUUAGUCGAAGGCCUUGUUGGAGGGGAUAGAGCACAGGAACAGCCUUGACAGUCUGUAAUUAUUGUAAAAAUAUUUUAAUAGCAUAUAAAUAAGUAUAUCCCUUUUAUUUUGAAAAAAAAUCAGACACUGCCUUUUGUGUGUUUGCUGCCUGUGGCACCCUUUUUUAAAAAGACUGUUACAUAUUAAAAUAGUGUACAUAUAUAUAAAUAUUACCUCUUUUGCUGUACAGUUGUGAUAGACCAGACUGAAGAUUUUAUUUUUUGUGUGCUUUUUAUAAAAAAAAAAUUAACACACUAAAGAAAAUCUUGCUGAUGUGAUUGUAAUGUACCUAUGUAACUUAUUUACUUUUGAAUGUCCUUCUGUAUCUUUAAACCUUUUAUUAAAUAAGGUUUUAAAAAUUCA